CCCAGGGCGGUUUAGUUCAGUUCAGUGCAGUUCUAGUGCAGUUUUAGUGUAGCGAAAAAAAACAGACCUUUAAAUCACUUCUGGCUGUGGUCAAUUGCAACGUCAAUGGGGAUAUUUCCGCUUUCUGCAGUUAGGAGUGUGAGUGAGCGAGUGAGUGAGGAGUGAGAGAGUUUACUUACAUACUGUGGAACGGCGGAGUUGCGAAAGUCGCGUUAUUACAUGAGCCCGAUUGUUUUAAUAAUGCCUCAUAUAUUGCUGAGCGAUUCAAUUGCUGUAGAAUUGGAAGCCCAAGAACCAUGGCCUCAACCAAUAACUUUAUACCAACCAUAUGAGGUAGAACAGAUUUUAUUACCUGAUAAUGCAAACUGUCUGGCAGUACAGGCUUUUCUGAAAAUGUGUCAACUUGAAUUUGAGAUAGAGCCGAGGAAGAAUGCGGAGUUCAUGUCACCAUCUGGUUGUGUACCAUUUAUUAAAUGUGGUACUAAGUUAAUAUCCGAAUUCGAUAGUAUAGUGACGCAUAUAGAGAACAAAGGAAUAAGCCUAUCCAAUAAUUUGGAUCAUGAUGCCAAAGUAGAUAUGAGGGCAUACGUGUCCCUGGUAAACAAUGUGUUUGUAAAUGCAGAAUUAUAUAUAUGCUGGGUGGAUGAAAUUGUUUUGAACUCAGUCACAAAGCUCAGGCAUGGUAGUGUGUAUCCAUGGCCACUUAAUCAUUACUUGAACUGGCAAAAGAAAAGAGAAGUCAUAAAAAAACUUAGCAUACUUGGUUGGUAUAACAAAAGUUUAGAUGAAGUGUUUGAUGAUGUAAAAAAAUGUUGUAUCGCAUUGUCAGAGAGGCUGGCGGAUGAAGAAUUUUUCUUUGGGAAAGAACCUAAUGAGUUGGACGCUUUGGUAUUUGGUCACAUAUUCACGAUAAUCACGACGCCGUUACCCAACAAUGAGCUGGCUAGAAUCGUGAAAGGCUAUCCAAAGCUUAUUAAGCUCUGUAAACACAUCGAGACUAGCAUUUUUCUCCCUCAAGCUAUACAGAAUCAAAUAAUUAAUGAAACGCUGGAGUUCAAGAAUUAAACCAAUGAUCCAUCUAAGGAUUUGAUUUAGACAAAAAGGUGACCUUUUCCUUAAAUAAAUUCAAAUUUUAAAUAUCAAGCAAAUUAUACUAAAAGAAGUUGAGGUACAGAAUAUUGAAGGCUCUGCCUUGAUUGGGUAUAAAAUUUUGUUUUUGUAAAGUAUACCAUCAAUUUUACAAAGUUAAUAUUUUUGUGGUGUUAUUUAUAUGUUAAUGGGGCCAUUUAACAAUUACGUCACGCAAAAUUUGACUAUUUUAUAACCACUCCUCUUCCUUUUUCGUGACAUUUUGUCAUUAAGUAUUUGGAUUCUUUUCCAAUAUUACGUAACAUGUGGAUAACCCUUCCCCCUCUUUGUUUACACAUUGUUAUUAAAUUUCUUGAGAUUCAGCAUGAAAAUAAACACCAUGUACCGUGAGCUUAAUGUGACGUUCCAUAGCCUUUAAUCCCCUCCUCUCCCAUCACAGCUGUCAAAGAAGCUAAUAUAUGCCUCCUUUGUGGUGUGACGUAAUUGUUGAAUGAUCCCUAUAAUGAUAAAUAUAAUUUUAUAAAACAGCAGUAUUGUAUAUUGUUAAAUGCGCUGUUUUUAUAUAAAUUAAUAUACUGAUAUCGAUGUCAUAUAACGAAAUAGAAAAAAGAAUCUAGUCAAUACACCAUUUUUCUAUAUCCAUCUUUAUCACAUAUCAAGAAGUAACCAUCUUUCAUGUAUCGUGAGUAAUGGCUGCAUGUAAAAUUGAAUAUAAUCUUCUUUUGAAUUUCAUAAUUCUAAUGUGUAAUAUAUGUCCCAAUAUUUCUUGUCUUCAGCGUUUCAGUACCAAUAAAAUAUGAAACAAGCGUUUAUUUAUAUAAUUUACUUUUCUCCUCAAUUUAUUUCUACUUAUAACAAACAUUACAAGAAUAAUUUAUUGUAACAUGAAAUAAUAAUACUCCGCAAUUGUGAUGUAGGAAAACAAAAAUGUUUAGGAUGGUUAGUUAUACACAACGAAAGCGAUUUCACGAAUAACAAUCUGCUUUAUUAUUAUAAUAUAUUUGUGCAUAAUGUAUGAUUGUUAUAAUCUUAAACUAUGAUAAACACUAUACGAGAUGCAAGUCUUUUUGCGAUGCCUUCUGUUACACAUCAUGUCGCUUACUUUGUUCUUUUGAUACUAUGAAUUCGGACUAUGCUUCUUAUGUUAUGAAUUAUACACAAGUUAUAUAUAAUGUAGUACACGUAAUCAAACGUAUAACUAUAUAAUUAAACGCAUAGUAUAAUUAUAUAAUUAUCGACAGAUACUUUUAUUAACAUCUUAUAUAUAUUUCUUUUAAGAACUGCAAUCUAGAGAUGUAGAUAUAAAAAUCGUGACAAUGAUAAACAAUUGCGAUUCACAGCGAGAUCAGAGAAUGUAAUAUUGUUAACAGAAAAAAAAAAGCUUUCAAGACAGAUGCAAUCUGGAUAGCAAGAUAAAUAAAUUGAGAUCAUUUCGCACUAGCGGUACAAAAGAGACGGUGCAUUAAUCAAUUCUCAUAGGUAUUGCUUUCAAGUAUACAUCAUAAAACAAAAUAUUUUAAGUAUGAGUUCUGUUAUGUACAAAUAUCGUAUAAACACAUCAUGGAGAGACUUCGUACUCAUAUGGAAGUAUUAAUAGAAACUAUACAAUAAAUCAAGACUAUUGUGCU